CACGCAUGUUCGCCGACGAUACUAACAUUACAGUGUCCGGUAAAUCAAUUAAGGAAGCUGAGGUGGCCGUUAAUGUCGAUCUCAAUAAUAUCAGAGAAUGGCUUCUAUCGAACAGGCUCUCUCUUAACCUUGUCAAAACGGAAUAUCUUUUGAUUGGAUCACGCCACAAUAUUAACACGUUAGAAGAACAACCGCGUGUUUUUAUUGGAGAUGAACCAAUUAAAGGGGUUCAAGUUACAAAAACUCUGGGAGUCAAAAUUGAUCAAUUUUUAACUUGGGACAGUCAUAUUGAACAAAUUUCUAAAAAAAUAUCUUCUGGAAUAAGUGCCAUGAAAAAGAUAAAGGAUUUCACUAAUUCUGAUACUUUGAAGUCG